AUGUUCAUCUCCGCUGGUAUCAAGGCCGCCCUGCUGCUCGCAGCAACUGUUCCCGCCCUGGCCUGGAACAGACUCAACAAGGACAACGCCGCCCUCCUCAUCAUCGACCACCAGGUCGGUCUCGCCCAGGUCGUCCGUGACUACAACACCAACGACUUCCGCAACAACAUCCUCGGCCACUCAGCUCUGGGCAACGUUUUCAACCUGCCCACUGUCCUGACUAGCUCUUCGGACCAGGGCCCCAACGGCCUGAUGCUGAAGGAGAUCAUCGACAUGCACCCCAAUGCCACCUUCGUCCGCCGCCAGGGUGAAGUUAACGCCUGGGACAACGCCGAUUUCCGCGCCGCCGUCAAGGCCACCGGCAAGAAGCAGCUGAUUAUCGCUGGUAUUGUGACUGAAGUUUGCACCUCUUUCCUGGCUCUUUCCCUCGUCGACGCUGGCUACGAAGUGUUCGCCAACACCGAUGCCAGCGGUACCUUCGACAUCCGCCUUGCGGAGGAUGCGAACCGCCGCAUGGAGAAGGCUGGCGUCACUCUCAUGGGCCUGUUCGGUAUCGUCUGCGACUUGAUGCGCGACUGGCGCAAGACCCCCGGUCUCAAUGAGGUUCUGCCUUUCCUUGACAAGUACCAGUUCGCUUACGGUCUUGUUGCGCGCCACCACGCUGGUUCUAUCCAGAAUGGUACUCUGUUCCCCGUUGAGCAGACCUUGAUUUAA